GCGAUAGAGAUCAUCUGGAUUUGGCCCCGGGCCCAUUACUUUUGGAAUCCCGUUGAUGUCUUACCCAGCCGGUCUGCCCCCGUCGCCAGCUCUGCAGGAGUACAAGCAGCAGCUGGCGCGGGCACGGGAGCCGCAAAAGGUGCAGGUGGGGGCCCUGCAGGCCAAGAAGAGGGAGUUCAGGGCCAUGUCGAGGAGCCCAACGACCAAGGCCGGUUCGAGGAGCCCCCGGAAAGGGUGCAGCAAGAGGUGGGGCAGCCAGAGCGGUCGUCGGACUCGCUAGCGGUUUGUUUGCCUGCGGCCCACCAAAACGAGCAGCAGAGGACUGCGCGUGAAGUUGGACCGCAUCUGCAAGCAGCAGGAAAACUUGGCUCUGGCGCAGGCGCAGGUGCAGGACAGCGCGGCGUCCCCAGUGUCGGAACCGCCUGUGAGGCAGCCAGCGGCUGUGGCCUUGGCACCAGCCCUUUCGGCGCCCUCGAGUGGGGCGCUAAAGAAGCGGCGCUGGCACCAAGCCAAUGCUCUGUCCAGGCAGGGGAGGCGAUGCACACCUUCGAUUUGGACGCGCUCGACGAGGGGAUUUGCGCGAAGGACGACGAAAUCGGGCCCCAGCAGGAGGCAGCUGCUGCCGCCUUCCGCGCGGCGCAGAACAAGGAGAAGAAGGGGCGCAAGAAGCAGCUGGAGCUGCUAGACAAGGAGCGCAGCCUUCGCAGACCUGGCUGGGAGAAGGAUUAGGACACCGAGCCUGAGGUGCCCUGCGCCGAGCAUCAGCGCGCAGGCCUCGAGCUGGUUGCGGAGCACCUCGUAGCCAGGGCGAAGGAUGCAGGACGAUUCGCUGCCUAGGUCAGCGUGGCACUUAGCGGGGGCUGCUUUUUGGGCCACGCUGCGUUCAGUAGCGGCUGUGGCCCCUCUUCUCCUCCAGGGUUGCGCUUCGCAGGUGUUUCUGUCGCGCGCAGCGUAGCCGCUGCGCGGUCAGCUAUCCCUCUUGAUGAGCUGCGGCGGUAGCGCUGCUGUGCGCAAGCGGCAUCGGCUGCCAGGGGCCCUGCGCGGCUUCGCUGCGCUCUCGAGGCUCCUGCCUGCGUGUCCUCUCUUUCUCUUUCCUUCUCUCUUCCCCUCGGGUCUUAAUUGCGGUUGCCCUGCGCGCGCGUCGCCAAAUAUAG